AUGCUGUCACCGAUGUUCUACUUUAAGUCAACUGAUGUUUUUGAACAAAAGGGUGAGGGGUGCUCCGCCUGCGCUCAUAUCCGUCCCUGCAGAACUGGUGGAGCAUAUCACCACACUCGGCUUCUUCUAAAUGCGUUCGCUCAAAGAACUCCUCAUGGCGCCCACCAUAAGAAACAAUGA